AUCAGCUCUAAUAACUGAGCAAAUCAGUUUUCAAAUUUAUUAAACAAAAUCUGUUAUUUGGUGAUUCAUUUUAAUUUUAUAGUAAUAUUGAAAACAAAUUUUGAAAAGCAAUACCUGAUUCUAAUAGAAAAAUUUCUGCUGUAUCGAUUGAUGGAGGUCUCAUUUUACUGCGAUUUAUAGUAAGUGAGCAAAUCACUGUUAAAUGUCUUAUAUUUUUAUUGUUAAAAAAGUGACUUGUAAUGAUUCUUUUAUUUUUUUGUCUAAACUAGAAAAAAAAUCUUUUAGAGUUUUUUCAGUUAAAAGAUUGACCAUAGAAGCAAUAACUUUUUAUUUCGAACUUCUGCGAAGACAAAUAAUAGACCAAUUUGCUUCAAAUCUUUAUUCGAACAAUAAUUAAUAAUUUUACAAGAUUUUUUAUUUUCUGCAACCAAUCUCAGAAGAAAUCCUUUGUGGUAAUCACUUAAAGAAUUGAUUGCUUUGGUUCAAGUUUUUGAAACCACUAAUGUCUACGCAAAUCACUUUUAAGAUUAUGUUGAAUGAAAUGUGGUAUUUCGUGAUUUAUUUAGAUUUUAUAGUCAUGAUUUAGAAAAUUUUUAGUUCGAUUUUAUUUUUCCUCAAUUUUUUCCAUCACGUCGCCAUCUGUUUGAACCUUCACUUUGAAAAAUUCUGACAUUUCUCUCCCGUCUCCCUUUUCUUCCCUCCUCUUCCCGAAAAUGGACUGCAAACCAUGCGGCAAAGACACCACGUCUCCCCGGCAGCCGCGCUCCAACACCACGUGCCCCCCCUGCCCCUGCUGCAUCCCAGUAUUGGCCGAAGCCAUUCCCAAAGUCCAAGUCACUCCCUGUCCCCCGCCUCCCGCCCAACCCCCAGCCGACUGCUGCCAUGUGUGCGUUCCGGUGUGCACCCCCGCGCCCCCCUGUGAGCCCUGCCGACCCAAACGCAAAUGCAAGUACAUCCAACCCGCACGGCCCAAAUCCUACGCCCCCGAACGCAAAUACUUGCCUCCCGCCGCCCCCAUGGACGAUGGUACCAUCUACAGGAAGUCGUACUUGCCGGCGGAGGGCGAGCGUCCGCCCCAAAUCCGCCCCGAGAACAAUCUCUGCGUCGGGGAGGGGAAAAUGUCGGAUAAUACGGUACACAACAUGUCGUACCUCCCCCAUAAGGUACUACCCCCAUGUCCCAUCUACCCCUGCGAGCAUAAGUUGCUUGGGGAGGGACCUAUGCAGGAUAUAACCACGCAGAAACACGAUUAUGUCCCUAAACCGUUCUCAAGACCUGAUAAAAUAGUACCCCCUGUUAAUCUCUUCUCUAGUGAUUGCCCCCUUAGUGACAAAACUGUCAAUAGACUGUCAUAUAUGCCGGUUGAGAAGCCUUGCAAAGUGGAUCCGAUUUAUCCAGUCAACGCGAUUGAGAAACCAUCGGGGAGAAUCAGUGAUAAAACCAUACAUAAUAUGUCGUACCAACCGUGGGAACCCACGGAACCCAUUGAGACACCAUGGGCUGACAAACCCAAGUACCAACCGCCCAAAUUGCGAAUGGAGGAUAAUACCGUACACAAAAUGAGUUAUAUGCCUCCGGGACAGUACGUGGAGUGCGACGAUGAUGAUCCAGAUUGCGUUGAGUGUCCAGAGCCGCCUUGUGAUCCACAUUGUAAUCCGAAUUAUAGAUGUGCGAUGCCGUGUUGUUGUCCCAAAGCGGCUUGUUAGAGUCCGAAACUGUCCGAAAUUUCCGUGAUUGGUCCAUUGAUAGUCUUUUAUUUAUAUUCUUAUUGAUAUAUACACGAAACGAGUUGUAUACAGUAUUUUUAAGUACAGUGUUUAGCGAGUACUUUGAAAAUUAAAGUUGAUAAUUUUCA